AUGCCAUUCUCGGCCGCCGUUUGUUUGUCCGAUAUUUUGUCGGCCUUUAAAGUCGCCGUAAAUGAAGAGCAAUGUUGGUCUUUAGCGCAUCAAACACUUAAAGCCAUUCGCGUCCACUUUCGGCCCCGAGAGUCCGCUCUUGUCAGUGAACCGCGACAUCUGUUGGUCGGCGGCGAUGGAGAAGUGGACGUCCGCUCUUUUACCGACGACUCGGACUGUCGUUCUUCAGCCAAUUCAGAGAACGAGAUGUUGGCCGCCCUCGCAGUCGUUCUCUUUCGUGCUCUCGAUUAUGGUCUUCGCGAAGAUGAAGAACCAUCUUUGUCGCGACCAUUGGAACGACUUAUCGAUCGAAUGUCUUCAGCCGUCGUCCAAGACGUCGACUCUCGAGAUGAAGGCAUUGAAUGCGAACCAAAGACAGCAUUAGACGACGCACUUGAAAUGUGUUGCGCGCGCUUUGCGUCUCCCGAAGCAGCGGCCACUCAUUACCGAACCGUUUGUCGAUCUCUGGUCUCCGAAACGCGAGAAUUAACUCAAUUUCUCGAAACCAUUGAACGCAAUGAGUCGUCGUCUCGGACGACGAACUCCAAGGACGACAACGACGACGAAUCUCCGCCAGAAUUCAUGACUUGGGCCAGACUUUGGGUUCAUGUGAUCCGUCAGAUGCGUGGCGGAGCACUAUUAAGAUCUGUCGAGACUCGCGGGCCAGAAGUGGCCGUAGAAUACGAGUUAACGCCUUUCGAGAAACUCCUGAAUGACAUUCGUUUCCAAAAUUAUAGAUUAAAACAAAUUCCAAAAGAAGACAACAAAAGAACCAAAAGAGACGCCCAUCAGUUGAUUCUGGAUUUCAUUCGUUCGCGACCGACACUCGUUCCCGCACAACAACGAGAACUCAAACCAAAACCCGAAAAACCAGAAUCUCUUUACGAAAAACUCAUGAAAAGCAUUCGAACGGACAGACCUUCACUCAGACCGACUCCACCCCCGCGUUCACGCACUCCACCUCCCGUCCCAUCACCCGCUCACGAGGAAACAGCAUCUGUUCCGACCAAACGUCGUCUCAUUAAAGCAGAUCUCAAUUUACGUUUAUCUCUGACGUCAUUAGAAGAUUCGGAUUCAGAAGAAGACAAGAAAUGUCCGAAAACGCAAGAAAACAGAAAAUUCUCUCUAAAAAGCCUUUCUCUUCGAUUGCGUUCCGAAAGAAGACAUUCGACUCCCGAAGAAUUGGAUGCAAAUGAAGACACGAGAUCACAUGUGGCCGCUGUUUGGCAGGAUUGCGAACUCGCGGUCAAAGUGCAGUCGCUUUCGCUUUCUCUGCAAGAAGUCCGCCAUAUUAGAUCAGUUUUGACCAGAGCCGAAGUCGAGACUCUGGCCGUGACGCGUUCUCUGCGCGAUGACCUUGAAUCUGGUCGGAUCUGUUUCACGUGUUUGAAAACGCGUUUUUCGUUAUUUGGAUUUUCGUCUCAAAGAAUGUGUCGGAUCUGCGAUCGCGCCGUUUGUGACCGAUGCGCCGUCAGAAUGCAUAUUCCUGUUUCUCAGUUCGAAAAAGUGCCGAUUUAUAUGUUAAGUCCGACUCCUUCUCCGCCUUCGGAAACAAAUUCCAAACAUUUUCCGCAAAACGAUAGAAACGAUAGAAAACCACAAAUGGAUAGAAAACCCGAAUCCAAGUCUCGUCUAUACAGAGCUCUGACCCGCGAAUCCGAUGCCGUUGUCGUCGACUCGGGUGACCGCAAGUCCGGCCCUUUAGUCCGCGUUUGUCGCGAUUGCAAGCGAUUAGUGCGACAUCUCGUGGACGCGGGUUCUGCGGCCAUGAAUGACGUCUUGUAA